CUUCCUCUCAAAGUGUGAGAAGUCACCAAGUCAGUCUGUCGCUUGUGGAACCUUCCAAUUUGCGUGUCGAAACGGUGUGGAAUGUGUGGCCGUCUACGACACUUGUAAUUCCAUCCCUCAGUGUUCAGAUGGUAGUGAUGAGGAUCCAGAGCAAUGUCCGGGCACAAGUACUGUCAUUCCUCCUGGUUUUCCACCAAGGCAACAAAACGUUCCGCCCAAUCAACCAGGAAUACCACACCCGCGACCAGAUGUGAUGCCACGCCCAUCCAGCAUAAAUCAAUGGGGGCGGGAAGGAGAGCGAUACAUUCCACAGCAGCAACAACAGCCCGUUCAAGCACAAAGCAUGUUUCAACAUAAAACGAAUGGGAUUCUUCCCAACAAUGUGAUAAUGGGUCAACCACCGCAACCACCAGCACAGCAACAACAGCAGUUACCACAACAGCAACAACAACUUCCACCCGGUUUCUGGCCCAAUGGAGGACAAAUACAGUUUCCCUACGGCUACAACCAAGCGCCCCGAGUCGAUUAUUCGAAUAACUUUGGCUAUGGAUUCGCUCCAAAUGCAAAACCACAAGCCAAUAAUAAUGGAGAGUAUUAUUCGAACAGUUUUAACGUUCAAACGCCUCAACAAUUUACACCUCAACCAGCCGUUCCACCGGGUGAAUCCAACAAUGCCAAUGAGGGAGCCAAGAAAGGAAAUCAAAAGAUGACAACCAAAGAGCCAAUGACAACAACGUCUUCACCAUCGACGAAGUCCGAUCACCUGAUAAUGCAAGACUUCAAAGCUAUACUCAUAGAAGAUCUGAAGGACGAGGACUUCAUCAUGGAAACCCCUGCAGCCGCUAUGUUCACAUUGGUUGUGGGUGUCAUAUUGAGCGGUUUCUUGGCCGUCAUAUUGGUUUGCCGAGUUCGAACUCUGAGAAGAAGGGGCAGGAAACGAAAUGUUUCGGCAGAUGCCGAUGGGGAUUAUUUGGUAAAUGGAAUGUACUUGUAAUUGUAAUCCAGAUAAUGACAUGUAAUUUCCAAAAUGAAAUAUACAUAAUAGAAAUA